UUUACAAAUGUGUUGUAUAUUUGUUCCUACUUGCAAAAGCUGACACACACAUAACCCUUAGGAGGUUUAAGGUUUUGUGGUCCAUGGUUACGGACACACACAGAGAUAUAAUGCAUUUAUUGGUUGAUUUUUGCCAUUUUCAAAUAGAUACAACCUCAGCAAUAUCCAGCAUCUGAACGGAAAGCGCUGAAUAAUUCUGCAUUCUUUGUCGCCUUCGGUUAUGUAUGUAUCCCGACUAGUUCCUCCGCAAGUUCAGCUCAUCUGUCUCAUUGGUCCAGCUUGUGGGAGGAGCUGGGAGCGCACUUUGCAGAGGAUGCAGGAUAUGACACCCAUCCAAACAAGAUGAAGGAAACUUGACCGACGCCAAAGACCCAUCGCACAACAAACACGAACUAGGCAAAAUAACGGUUAUGAAGCUAUUUUUUCCCUCCAUCUUCUGCACCAACUGCGCCAUCAUCAGGGCCGGCCGCCUCUCUCCUUCUGCCCGGCGCUGACCGACGUUACCGCAGACGCUCGGUUCCCGGAAUGAGCCGCAGAAUCAUCACCCUCCAGAGGAUCCCGAGGACACCGUAGACAUGGCCAGGUCGGCGAACAGGAGCGACCAGGACGGAGACGCGAGGGUCUCCUCUCCCGCGGAGAGGUCUGAGAUCAGGGAGCUGUCUCUGGAGGAGGUGCUGGAGUCUUACGAGCAGCCCAUCAACGAGGAGCAGGCUUGGGCGGUGUGUUUCCAGUGCUGCAGAGAGCUGCGAGCGCCGCGCCCGCCGGGGCUCCUGAUCCGGGCUCCGUCAUCGAUCGUCCUGCACAGAGACGGCGCGGUCACGGCGCGUCUGGAAAGCGGCGAUGACUGUAAUUCAAAUCAUGUUUCUGCUGCUGAUGGAAAGCUGGUUCAGUCCAUGGGUUUGGCGAUCUACCGCGCUCUGGACUGGGGCCUGGAUGAGAGCGAGGAGCGGGAGCUGAGCGCUCAGCUCGAACGGCUCAUCGAGUUUAUGGUUGGCGGUCAGGACAGCAGUGAAAGCAAACACUGCAGCAGUAAUGCAGCUAAAGACGAGGGCUACAGUGGCCAAGAAGAGGAUGAUGAAGAAGAAGAGGAGGAAGGCGCAGAUCAUGGUGUUCAUACGGUUCAUCGGGUGAUGGCGCUCUGUGCCCGCAGACUGGCAAAUCCAGCGCUGGCUCCCGAGCACUACCAGGCCGUGUGUCGAGCGCUUUUUCUGGAGACUCUUGAGCUGCAGACAUUUCUCAGCAGAAUAAGAGACGCCAAAGAGAUGCUGAAGAAGAUCAGGACAGAGGAACCGCAGGAGGACAGUUCCGCGGCUGAGCUCGAUGCUCUUCAACACGCCGACUGGGCUCGGCUCUGGGUGCAGCUGAUGAAGGAGCUGAGGCAGGGUGUGAAGCUGAAGAAGGUGGAGGAGCAGCCCUUUAACCCUCUGCCCACAGAGUUCAGCCUCACGCCCUUUGAGAUGCUCAUGCAAGACAUCCGUUCACGCAAAUAUAAACUACGCAAAGUUGUGGUAGAUGGAAACAUACCCACUUGUGUGAAACGAAAUGCUCACGAGCUGAUCUUGGACUUCAUCAGAUCAAGACCCCCUCUCAAACCAGUGUCCGAGCGCAGCCUGCCUCCUCCUCCCCAGCGGCACCAGUCGCUCCACGACCGAGUCCUGGCCGAGAUCAGACAGGAUCACAAGCUCAGACCCGUAGAGCCGUCCAGUUCGAAGAGAAGUGAGUUACAUGCUACCGCCUGUGUCACUUCUGUAGCUCUCUUGUGGCGCAUUAGACCAUUUACAGCAGUGUUUUGUCGCUCUCCAGCGUUUGGCUCAUUACCUUGUCUGGCACACACCUGCCAGUGCGGCAUCAAAUCCACUUCCUGCAUAGACCUGUCAAUCACGGGAGCGGGUUCCCGCCCACCGUCUCGCCCGCGCGUUCUUCUGAAGGCUCCAACGCUGGCAGAAAUGGAGGAGAUGAGUAUAUUUGAGGACGAGGACUCUCCGGACGGCGUGGAUAUCAGACGGGUGGAGAGCUCUCCUACACCUCUAAAGAGAGAUCGCUCCUUCUCCGAACAUGACCUGGAUGAGCUCAGAGGGGAAGUGAUGUCAGAAUCGCCGCCGCUUACAGGUGGCGGACCGCUGAGAGGAGAGAGACCCAGAUCACACACGCUGACGGGCGUCGGACCUCCACACGUCUAUCAAGCCUCGUUUCCGGUGUUUGACAGGAUGCCCUCAUCUGCGUGUCACUCCUCGAGCUCCUCUGACAAGCGCUAUGAAGGUGCCGCGUCCGACAAACUCUCAAGACAUCAGUGGAUGGAGGAGUUCAGUCACCCCGUGGACAGCCUGGCCUUAACAGUCGAUGAAGUAAUUAAUGUUCGGAGGAUACUCAUCAAGGCCGAGAUGGAGAAAUACGCGCAGAACAAAGAGCUUUAUAACAAUCUGAAGAAAGGCAAGAUAUGCUGCUGUUGCCGGGUAAAGUUUCGACUGCUUUCAUGGCCGUCCACGUGCCUCCUGUGUAAAAGGUCUUGCUUGCAUUUUCAUGAACAUUUCCUGCAGUGUGGGAUAUUAACAUCGUUCUCUCUUCCGAUCAUCACAGUUCACGCGUUUUUGUCUCUGUCUUUUAGGUCUGUCUGCAGCUCUUGUAGCGCAAAGAUGAAAAUCCCAUACAAAAAGAUGGCCCACAUUCCCGUGUACACUGUGGGAUUUCACAGCAGUGCGAAGAGUCACAAGAGCGAAGUCUAUAAGUCUCUGUGCUCUCUCUCUAGACACUCUGUGGAGGAAGAGUUCCCUCACCUGUAUGCCGCGGGCUGCAACCUGAGGGACGUGUGCUCGGACUGCACAAAGUUUGUGGCCGACGUCAUUUCCUCCAGUCGCAGAAGCUUGGACAUCAUCAACAGCACACCCACACGCAAUAAAAGGACAGCCUCGGCACAUCCGCAUCCCGCGUCGCAGCCGCACGCUUUCUGUAGGAUGAGCAAAUGAAUGCAUCGGCUCCACGCUCUCUACGCAAAGUCUACGUAAACUCUACAAGCUGAAAUGUUUGCCGGUGUUAAAGGAUAGAGACGUGGAUCACUCGUGCACAUCACCCAUCCUGCACAUGUGUAGCUUAAGGGACGCAAUGCGCGAAGGCUAAUGAAGAAAGACAAUCCUUUUGCAUCAUUUAUUUGGUUUUAGCUUGACUAUAAUGCUAUAUAACUGAGCCAGCAUCUAUCCGUGCUUAGGAGACAUCCUUAUACAGUACAUCUGUAAAUGCAUAUUUCUCAUAUCUAAUAGCAAAUGUAUUUUUAUGCCUUGGGAUUUAGCUCUAUUUAGGACCAGAGGGUGAUGUAAUUAGCUCGGGACCGAGUCAGGCUGGUUUGUGAAUGUGAAGGUCAGAAAGAAACAGACGAUAGUAUCUUCAUGAAGUGGCCUUCUGAUGCACAUGUUUAACUCACUCUUGUUUUGUAAGGUCUGCAAAUCUGCAAUAAAACCAAUGCCACAAAAUGA